CGGAUGGAAGAUAGGGAGACCCACCCCAACCUAGGAUCGCGGGGACUCGCCCCGAAGUGAGUCAGACUAGAGCGCCGCAGCCGUCAGGUCCUCCAACUACCAUGGGGGCGGCGCCUCAAGGGGCCCCACGCCCUAACAAUCCGCCGCCUCGAAGCGGGUGUGUCUAUUGCAAUGAAGACGAUCACAUCAAGCGGGAGUGCCCUCACCUUACGGAAGCCCUAAGGUUAGGAGUGGUAAAAUUGAAUGAGAACAAGUGGGUUGUUUGGGGGGAUGAUGGAAAGGCGGUCUCCUUCUAUCCCUCGAUGAAGGUAAAUGUGGACAAGAGGAUAGCCCUACAAGAGGUAAGACUGGGGAAGAAGUCUGAGGUUGGUGGGACCUCCAACUCAUUUCGCGUCCAAAUGACGGAGGCGCCGGGAGGCGUGUCCAUAAGGGAGUCACAGGUGUCUAUCAUCAAAUUCGUGGAGACCAAGCCGGAAGAAGAGGGACCAUGCCUAAGAGUAAGGACCAAAGUUGGGGCCGGGCUGUCUAAGAGCAAGGAGAUCGCAACGGAAGGCGGAGGGAGACGGAGCGGUGACGACGACCAACCAAUGGUCGACGCCAAAGUCGCGGAGGAAAGGAAGGGGGAAGAGCCCACGUCACCUAAAUCGCCUAGGAAGAGAGGAUCGAAGAAGUUCGAGAUGAAGUGCACCUUGGACGAGAUAGACACGGUUGCUCCCCUGCGAAGGACUCUAAUGCAGUCGAUGCAAUGCACUCUCCUGGAGUAUUCGGCGGCCAGCAAGAGCUCUAGGGACGAGCUCUUGAGCAUCACCAAGAAGGUGAGGAUUCCGCUCGCAGGAGGGCCUACAGGUCCUGGGGAUGGACCCGCCAAGGAGGAGGUGCAGUCCUCUCGAAUUACGAUGGAAGAACUGCCAGCCAGUUUCUUCUCGGAAGAAGAAACUAAGAAAUUUUAUGUGCUUGGGAGUGGCCAGCUCCAAGCCAUGGUGCGUGGGAAGAAGAUGAGGGUCCUGCUGGACAAUGGGUCCGAAUCUACCGUGUGUCGGGACUCUAUCGCAAAGGAAUUAGGGGUGGAGGUGGAUAGAGGGGUAUCCAUGUUCAUGUUCGUUGCGGACAACAAGCUCCAACCGGCGGAAGGGGUAUGUCACAGCCCCUUGAUUGAGGUCGCAGGUGUGGAAGCUACAAUUCCAAUUUUCUCGGUGAAGGAAUGUUCUUCCGAGUUGAUCCUCGGGAGGACCUGGCUGAGCGCGGUCCACGCUACCACAGUCGACCUUCCCGACGGGAGUCAAACUCUCUCGAUCCAAAGCCCGGAUGGGAUCUGAAUGGUCCUAAAGAAUAUGGAUGCUCAGGGUGAGCGGAACCGAACCAGUAUCCCAAGGAGGAGGGAAACCCAGCCGCGAGUGUGCCGGGUCCGACAAUAAGAAUCCCCCUUCACCGGGAAGGAACCCCCGGGGGACCAGGUGGACGUCGAGGAGGUUGGGGAGCGAAUUGUGAUCAAUGGGGUGGGGUACGAGAAAGAGGACGAGGAGGAAGAAUUCGGUGGGUGCGUAAGGGUGUCUUCUUUGGAGGAAUCCCCCUAGCCGACGGAAUUAAAAAGCAUAAAACCAUGGCGGAGAAAGUAAAGCCCACUGCGGUCA